UGUGUCUAAGCUAGUAUUGAUCUGAAUUUGGCAACAUGGAGACAUCUGAGGACCAGGAAAAGGAAGCUCCUUUCUCUGAAACCACUUUAUACAAGAAACCAGAGGACAAGAGGAAACAACAGGAACAAGAAUCUGGACCAAGCUGUCUGUCCUUCAAGAGCAGCCAGUCAAAAGAUGGUCAAAUUGAUUUUAACCUUGACGAACCUUCAGAUCCAGUGGGAUUCGAUGAGAGCCCAGACAUUGGUCAACCUCCACAUGAGUUUCAAAUGCGGCUGAUCCCCAUAUUUGUGGAACUGGAGAAAAAGAUUGUGACGUUUGUGAAGGAUGAGCUGAAGGAGAUCAAGAAGGUCUUGAGUUCAGAAUACCCCGAUGAGGAGGAGGAGAGUCUGUCUGGAAAUAAGGAUGAGAAGCUAAGAAGUAGCACCAGAGAGGCUUUGUUAAAGAUCACCAUUAAUUUCUUGAGAAUGAUGAAUCUGGAUGACCUGGCUGACCUUCUGCAGAGCAAAUCACUCAUCACAUGCCAACAAACACUAAAGUCUAACAUAAAGAAGAAAUUCCAGAGGGUGUAUGAAGGAAUCGCUAAAUCAGGAAAUCAAACCUUUCUAAAUCAGAUCUACACAGAGCUCUACAUUACAGAGGGGGACAAUGGGGAAGUAAAUAAGGAACAUGAGGUCAGACAGAUUGAAUCAGUGACCUGGAAACCAGACAGACCAGAAACAACAAUUAGACAUGAAGACAUAUUUAAACAGUCACCAGAAAGAGAUGAGCCAAUCAGAACAGUGAUGACAAAGGGAGUGGCUGGCAUUGGGAAAACAGUCCUGACUCAAAAGUUCACUCUGGACUGGGCAGAAGACAAAGCCAACCAAAACAUCCAGUUCAUGUUUCCAUUCACAUUCAGAGAACUGAAUCUGUUAAAAGAUGAACAGUUCAGCUUGGUGGAGCUUGUUCAUCACUUUUUUAGUGAAACCAAAGGAAUCUCCAGGUUUGAAGAGUUAAAGGUUGUGUUCAUCUUUGAUGGCUUGGAUGAAAGUAGACUUCCACUGGACUUCCACAACAAUGAGAUCCUGACAGAUAUAACAAAGUCCACCUCAGUGGAUGUUCUUCUGACAAACCUCAUCAGAGGGAACCUGAUUCCCAAAGCUCACCUCUGGAUAACCACAAGACCUGCAGCAGCCAAUCAGAUCCCUGCUGAGUGUGUUGGCAUGAUGACAGAGAUCAGAGGAUUCACUGACCCACAGAAAGACGAGUACUUCACUAAAAGGUUUAAAUAUAAGGAGCAGGCAAGAAAGGUAAUCUUCCACAUGAAGAAAUCCAGAAGCCUCCACAUCAUGUGCCAUAUCCCAAUCUUCUGCUGGAUCACUGCUAAAGUUGUGGAAGACAUGUUGAACAAGAAAUAUGGAGAAGAUCUGCCAAAGACCCUGACUGAAAUGUACAUUCACUUUCUGGUGGUACAAGCCAAACUGAAGGUCACCAAGUAUGAUGGAGGAGCUGAGACAGAUUCAAUCUGGAGUCCAGAGAACCAGAAGAUGAUUGAGUCUCUGGGAAAACUGGCUUUUGAACAGCUGAUGAAAAGAAACCUGAUCUUCUAUGAAUCAGACCUGGCAGAGUGUGGCAUCAAUAUCAGAGCAGCUUCAACGUACUCAGGAGUGUUCACACAGAUCUUCAGAGAAGAGAGCGGACUGUACCAGGACAAGGUGUUCUGCUUCGUCCACCUGAGUGUUCAGGAAUUUCUGGCUGCUCUUCAUGUUCACCUGACCUUCAUCAAAUCUGGAGUCAAUCUGCUGGAAAAGAAGGAAAUGAAAUCCAAGGUAUUGGAAAAACAAAACCAUGAAUCUUCAGAGACAGAAAUGUACCAGAGGGCUGUGGACAUGGCCCUAGAGAGUCCAGAUGGACACCUGGACUUGUUCCUCCGCUUCCUACUUGGUCUUUCACUGGAGACCAAUAAUUGUUGGUUAGGUAGACUUGUGAGACAGAGAGAGAAAUACUUAGCAACUAAUAAGGACACAGCCCAGUACGUUAAGAAGAAGAUUAAUGAUCAAAAAUAUGUUGAGAAAAGCAUCAAUCUGUUCCACUGCCUGAAUGAACUAAAGGAUCAGUCCCUGAUGGAGGAAAUCCAACAAUCUCUACAAACAGGAAGUCUUUCAGUACACCAGCUGUCUCCUGCUCAGUGGUCAGCUCUGCAUUUCAUCCUACUUUCAUCAAACAAAAAUCUGGAGAUGUUUGACCUGAAGAAAUACUCUGCUUCAGAAGGCGCUCUUCAGCGACUGCUGCCAAUAGCUGAAGCCACAAGCAAAGUUAUACUGAGUGGGUGUAACCUCUCAGAGAGAAGCUGUGAAGCUCUGUCCUCAUUGCUCAGCUCAACAACAUCUAGUCUCAGAGAUCUGGACCUGAGUAACAACGACCUCACAGAUUCAGGAGUGAAGCUGCUGUGCAAUGGACUGAGGAGUCCUAACUGUGAAUUGGAGAUUCUGAGGCUUUCAGGCUGCUUGAUCACAGAGGAAGGCUGUGCUGCUCUGGUCUCAGCUCUGACUAUGAACCCGUCUCACCUGAAGGAGCUGGACCUCAGCUACAAUAAUCCAGGAGAGGCAGGAAAGGAGAGUCUAGCAGCGAUACUGAAGAAUCAAAGCUUUAAAUUGGACUCUCUAAGCAUGGAGCCUGCAGGAGAAACUUGGUUGAUACCAGGUCUCAGGAAGUAUUCCUGUCCACUAACAGUCGACCUUAACACUGUGAACAGAUUCCUCAAACUCUCUGAAGAAAACAGGAAGAUGACACGUGUGGAAGAGGAGCAGCCGUAUCCUGAUCAUGCAGACAGAUUUGAUUCCUUUCAGUUGCUGUGUACUGAUGUUCUGACUGGUCGCUGUUACUGGGAGGUUGAGUGGAGUGGGAGGGUCCAUGUAUCAGUGAGUUGCAGGGGAAUAAACAGAAAAGGAGACAAUGAUGACUCCUGGUUUGGAUUUAAUGAUAACUCCUUGAGUCUAACCUGCUCAGAUGAUGGUUACACUGUUUGGCUCAAUAGUGAAAGGAAAGCCUUCAUCCCUGUUCCCUCUUUCUCCUUUUCCUCCUUUGUCUCUGACAGAGUAGCUGUGUAUGUGGAUUGUCCUGCUGGGACUCUGUCCUUCUACAGAGUCUCUUCAGACACACUGAUCCACAUCUACACCUUAAACAUCAAAUUCACUGAACCUCUUUAUCCUGGAUUUGGAUUUGAGUUCAGGGCAGGUUCUUGGAUGUCUUUGUGUUCACUUUAAGCCCCCAAGCUUUAGUGAUUGUCGUUGUUCAUCUUGACUAAACUGUCACAAUAAAUAUAACCUAUUUUUCCAGACUUUUAGUCAUUCCAGAGGAUAAGUCACAUAAAUCAAAUAAUCAUGUCACACAGAAGUAGAGUUUAGAUCAGGUCUGAAAAAUCCAGCCUGACCCGGCCUGAGCCUGCGUACAGUGUGUCCGAGCCCGACCCGAAUAACUUUGUUGGUCCAAAUUAAACCCGAGAUACUGUUUUAAUUAAAAAUUUAGCUAUUUCAUCUUUAAAUCAUAAUUUGAGUAUAGCAGUGUAAAUUCAGCUGUUUUUAGCUUUUGCUUAACAUCUUUUAGCUCCAUUUUGUUGCUUGUUGUAACCACAGGAUGAGUCAAGUGCGGAAGAGGAGCAGCCGUUUCCUGAUCAUCCAGACAGAUUUGAUUCCUUUCAGUUGCCGUGUACCGAUGUUCUGACUGGUCACUGUUACUGGGAGGUUGAGUGGAGUGGGAGGGUCCAUGUAUCAGUGAGUUGCAGGGGAAUCAACAGAAAAGGAGACAAUGAUGACUCCUGGUUUGGAUUUAAUGAUAACUCCUCGAGUCUAACCUGCUCAGAUGAUGGUUGCACUGUUUGGCUCAAUAGUGAAAGGAAAGCCUUCAUCCCUGUUCCCUCUUUCUCCUUGUCCUCCUUUGUGUGCAAAUCAUCUGGGAUGUAUGACUGAUA